UGGAUGUUGCUACAUAGACGCCAUAUUGACAGAGGUAAACAAGGCGAGCGGAGUGGGUAGAACUGAGGGGACAAGAUGUUUUCCAACGACGAACCCACCAUUUACAAUCUUCUGACUGUAGAAGAAACAAAGGAAAAGAAACCCAAAGCGUACACUUCCAAAUUCAGACAAAAUGUUAAACAAGAAUACACUUCUGGCCGAGGGGGCGCUAAAACAAUGGGCCCAGCAAAAGUCACAGCACCACAACCCACAGACUACCUGAAGAAGCAUGAAAAAGAGCCCCAGCUGCCCAAAAAGGAAGAGUUCAAAUACCCUGAUGACAACCGCAAGAAGCCCUCUGUCCCUAAAAACAAUGACACACCACUGAUGGGACUGAAAACUACCAAGAACUUUAUCAGCACGAACGCUGUUGAGAAUAUCACAGCUGUUCCAAAGCUUCCAGCCAAAAAGUUUGCGGACACAAGGAAUGGCGACGUUCAGAACCUCAUCCCGUCAGGAUAUGAACCAGUUUUCGUUCACAAGAAGGAUUUUGGUGAGGUCCCAAUGUAUUUGACCAAGCGCAAAGAGGAGGUUGCAAGGGCUCAAGAAGAGUAUGACCAGUACAUCUCGGAGCAGAUUCGACGCACGGCUUUGCGACAGCUCACCUAUGAUGAGAGGCAAGCCAUCAUCGAUGGACUCAAAGCCAACUGGGAAGACAUUCAGGAUCAGUACCAAGGGCUGUCUGUUGUUACAGAUACAGCACCAAAGAAGAACAGGAAGGAGAGAAUGGAAGCUCAAAUGAAGCAGUUAGAGAGGGAUAUUGAAUUGUUUGAAAAGCACAAAGUAAUCUAUAUUGGUAACUAAAGAGACCCUGAUGAUACUAUGAAUGUUGUUUCUAUUUCAGAAUAUUUGUAUAAAGAAAAUAUUUGUAGUGGCAAUAUUCACAUUUGGCUACAAUUCUCACAUUUAAAAAAAACCAGUUGAGACUAAUGUAUUUGUGAUUUUCAAGUAGCGUGAUACAUCUUUCAAAGAUAAAUUUUGUCCAUGUGAAAAAUGGGUACUGAGUAGGCCACACUGCGAUAUUUAUAAUUUUGUUUGCAUUACACAUUUUGUCAUGUUUAAGAGUCAAAUUCUUUUCAGAUUAAAAAAAACGACAACAUAUUUUUUGUACUGAAUUCACAUUGAUUUUAGUUGUAUCUGCUUGAAGAGCUAUAAAUAUUUAUUACAAGAUUUUGUUGUUAGGUUUGAUAGUCGAGAUGUUCACGCUUACCCUUACUCUGUCUUUAUGGGUAAAGCAGUUUUCUUGAACAUGUUUUUAUGCAUACAUAUUUGAAAUUUCUUUGCUUCUGGCAAUAUAAUACACACAAAUAAAAGUAAGAAAUAUA